GCGGACCUCGGCGGGGCGCGGUGAGGGUGAUAUAAAAGGGUCGGUAUAUAUUAAGGAGCAGAGACAGACACAGGACCCAGACAAGGAGCCCAGGGGCUGAGGGCCGGAGAGCGAGAGCGAGGCAGCGGCACCCAAGGGCUGGGAGGUGCAAGGAGGGAGGAAGGCGGCCGGGAGGCGGGGGCCUCGGAGGGGAAAGGAGGGAGCAUAAGGGCGGGGCACGGAGGCCCAGCGAGGGACGAGGCUCCAACCCUGACUUUCUCCGCGGCGCUCGGCUUCCAUCGCAGCCAUGUCGCUCCUCCUGCUGGUGGUCUCUGCCCUUCACAUCCUCAUCCUCAUCCUGCUUUUCGUGGCCACUCUGGAUAAGUCCUGGUGGACUCUCCCCGGAAAGGAGUCCCUGAAUCUCUGGUACGACUGCACGUGGAACAACGACACCAAAACGUGGGGCUGCAGUAACGUCAGCGAGAACGGCUGGCUGAAGGCGGUGCAGGUGCUCAUGGUGCUGUCCCUCAUCCUGUGCUGCCUGUCCUUCAUCCUGUUCAUGUUCCAGCUGUACACCAUGCGGCGAGGGGGGCUCUUCUACGCCACCGGCCUCUGCCAGCUCUGCACCAGCGUGGCCGUGUUUUCCGGGGCCCUUAUCUACGCCAUCCACGCCGAGGAGAUCGUGGCGAAGCACCCACGCGGGGGCAGCUUCGGGUACUGCUUCGCGCUGGCCUGGGUGGCCUUCCCCCUGGCGCUGGUCAGUGGUAUCGUCUACAUCCACCUGCGGAAGCGGGAGUGAGCGCCCUGCCCGCUGCCCAGGCCACAUCCUCCCUCAAAUAAAACCGUUUGAUUGCGGCCUUC